AUGGUUAAACUAGAGCCGAUAAAACCGGUUGUUCGUUCUCGUUCAUCAUCAUCUGAUAGUGAUUUUGAUGAUAUACAUUCAAUAACAUCAUCUGAUAGUGAUUUAUCUCUUAUUGAAACAUCUGCAACAAAUUCAUCAAAAUCUUGUCAGAAACGUAAAAUCCCUACGUCUAAUCAUAUUAUUCCUCAAGGUACAUUAAUACGUGAUGUGAAUAAUAAUCCUUGGAUGAUACAUCAAUGUGUUAAAGUCUCACAUCAUAAUGAAAGAUUUAUUUAUUUAUGUAGUCAAGUUAAAAAAUCAUUGAAUGUAAAUGAAUUGAAAAUAUCCGAACAAAAUGAACAACAGAAUAUUGUGAAAACAAAAAUAUCACCACUUAUGUAUUUAACUGAUAAAUUAAAACAAUCAAGACAAACUGUAAUUGAUAAAGCACGUGCUGAGAAUGAUAAACUUGAUUAUAUUUUUUAUGGAGCUGUUAUUGGAAAUACAAAUAAAGAAAUUGAACUAAUUAUACCCAAUAAUGAGAAACAAGCUACAUCAUCAAAUAAAAAUUCGGUAAAUAGCAAAAUCUUAUCUCCAUCAACAAAUGAUCAAAAUUCCAAUAAAAUAAUACAUGGUAUUGUUGAAUUUCUAAAAGAUGAUGAUACAUAUGAUGAAAAUAAAAUAAAUAAAUAUUCUAUUGAAAUUAUAUUUGUACAAGAUAAAAAAAAAUCUAAUUUAAUAACAAAUCCAUCUGAAUUACUUCAACAAAUUCUUAAAAAAGAAAUUGCAAAAUUAAAAGAUCUUCGGAGAAAAAAUAUAACAAUAAAUAAUAAAACCAAUGAAGAUUUUCAUAAAUUUAUUAUAACAAAAAAACCUGGACAUUCACAAUAUGAUAUUCAAGAAAGUAAUAAUGAUGAAGGAGAAAAUCUUCCUACAUGUUCAUCUAUUGAAUCUUCAACAAUAAAAUAUUUACUUAAACUUGAAUUAAAUACUUCAUCAUCAUCCUCAAAGCAUUAUACAAUUGAUCAUGAAAUAUCAUUUUAUUCUCGUUUUGCCACACAUGAAAAAUUAAAAUCUUAUAUAAAACGACAUAAUUUAAUGUAUAUUGCUAUUCCUGAAUAUAUAUCACAUGGUAUAUAUAAACAUAUGAAUUUAACAUAUAAAUUUUUAAUAAUGGAACAAUAUCGUGAAAAUCUUCGUUCACUUAUUUAUUCCUACGAUCAAUCAUUACCUGAACAUAAUGCAUUAAAUCUUUUUCUACAAAUGUUAUAUGUUAUACAAUUUAUACAUGAAAAAAAUUAUGUUCAUCAAAUAAUUAAACCAAAAUAUAUGAUGUUUGCUAAUAAACAACCAUAUUUUAUUUUUUUAACACAAUUUCGAACUGUUAGAAGUAUACAUGAUACAGAUAAUCGAUCAAGCGAAGUUCCAAAUGAAAAUCGUCCAAUAAUAACAAAUGAAAAUCAACAUGUAAAACAACAAAAUUAUCAAGUUAAAAAAAAAGUUAAACGUUCACAUCGAACACAAUUAGCUGCUAUACAUAAUAAAACAUCAUCAAUUGUUCCAUCACCAUUACUUGUUAUUGAUGUUCCAAGUCCAACAAUUGAAGAAGAUAAUUUAUUAAUAAAUUCAAAUUCAUAUCAUCAUCCAUUUAGUGUUUAUUCUUCACUUGAUAUGCAUCUUAAUAAUAAACAAACAUAUCGUGGUGAUUUAGAAAUGCUUGGUUAUAAUUUAAUUGUUUGGUCUGGUGGACGAUUACCAUGGGAUAAAAAAAAUAAAAAUAUUCAUUUUAAAUUACAACGUGAUACAAUAACAAAUGAAAAAAAAUUAGCUAAAUCAAAUGUUAAUGAAUUUGUUAAAAAAUGUUUUUUUAUGAAAUUAAUUUCACCUGUUACAUUACGUGCGAUUUGUGAUUAUAUGUCAACUGUUUAUCAAUUAAAUAUUGAUGAUAUGCCUAAUUUUGAUCAAUUACGUGCACCUAUUAAAGAAAUCGUUAAAGCACUAGGGUUUAAAGCAAAUGCAUGUCUCCGUUUAUCAAAUUCAAAAUCUAAAGCAACUAAUACAUCGAAUAAUACAAAUAAGAAUGUUUUGAAUUCUUCUACUCAUACACAAGGAAUUAAACCUAAUGGAAAUAUUAGCAAACAAAUCAAUAUUAAUGAUAUGACAUCACCGGCAAAAGAACUUGAAGUUGAACAAGAUGAUCUUGAAGAUGAUGAGGAUGACGAUGAGGAUGAUGACGAUGAUGAUGAUGAUGAUGAUGAAGACGAUGAAGAAGAGGAAGAUGAAGAAGAAGGUCAUCCUUGUCCACCAGGAGCAAAUUCAUGUGACGAUGAUGAAGACGAUGGUUCAAGUGAUGAAAAUAAUGAUGAUGAUACUCAAAUGGAACAACAAGCUCCAUCAAUUCCCAGUCAAUCAACAAAAACUAAAUGUAAACGAUGUGGUGGUGAUCAUUCACUUGAAGAUCAACAAUCUCAAAUAAGUAGUGAUAAACAAAGUAAUAGUAGUACUGGUCCGAGUACAAAUAAUAAUACUAAUACUCUUACUUAUCAACAAAAACGACAACGAUCAAUUGCUAAACGACUCCAAUUACGUCGUAAAAAGAAAAAUUAA